AUGACCUCACCGAAAAUGCCUGUGGGUAGUUCGAAAAACGACGAUGCUCUAACCUUAAAAACGAAAAUUACAGAGCUUGAACGUCAAAACAGCGAUUAUAAAACAAAAUUAGAUGAGUUACGACGAGCAAAAGCAACGACAAUGGUUAAAGUAGAAAAAGAAUAUGUCAAUACAAGUAUGCCAGGUUUAAAUCGUCCCGAGAAACCACAACAUUGCGAUAAAUGUGACAAUUAUGAACACAUGUUAGAAACAGAAAAAAGAUCCAAUCAACAAUUGAAAAAAAUGGUUGAACAACAAGAAUUAAAAAAUUUAAACAAAGAAAAACAACAACAAUUACCACAGCUAAGUGAACCAUGUAAAAUGUGUCCGGAUCUAGAACAACUAUUAGAGAUUGAAAAACAGAAUACCAAACAAUUAAAUCAACUAGUACAAAAUGAAAAAGUAGCUACCGAAGAUGAACGAAGUAUGAAAGAGAUGUUGGAUAGUGCAGUUGAAAAUAUGAACGGAAAGGUUAUUGAAACAAAAAAUCUGACCGAAGCAUUAAAAAUUGAAAAUAAAGAUUUUAAAAAUGCUAUUAAAUUAAUGCAAGAGCAACUACAUGAAAAAAUGGAUGAUUUAUGGAAGAAAGAAGAAGAAGCAAAAAAACAAAUUGCCGCAUGGGAAAAAAUCUAUCGCGAAUGGAUGACCAAUGUGGACCGACGUGUGGAUAAUUAA